AUGCAAGUAAGAAGCCGGUCCCCGUCUCGUGAGAGAACCUCAAGACUUGGGGGAACAAGAAAACCACCGAUAAUUGUCGAAGAACGCCGACAACGGCAUGUUUCGCGAGAAAGGGAGCCAGUACGGGAGCGGGAGCGGGAAAGAGUACGUUGGAACGAACCGCGCGCAUGGAAUACUUUCUAUGACGAUGAAUAUGGUGGCUACGAUCCGUAUCAUUUUCAAAAACCACCAGCGCAAAACAAUAAGAUCAUACAGCCCGAGCCCAGGAGAUAUCCGCCACCGCCGCCUCCCAGGGUGUCAUCGUCACGAGUGCCCUACUUUGAGCGAGAAGAAAUAUACGCUUCAGAUACUGGAGAAGACAUUGAGAUGGACCCCAGUUCGCGUUACAUCCGAAGAAGGCCAUCCUCGUAUUCUCGUCGGUCAUGGUCUCAUACAACUUCUCUCCAGAGACAACCGGCCGUUCGUAUGAAUCCAAAGGAUCCAAAAGAUGUGACAGUACACAUGUCCCUAGACGCAGCGCCAGACUUGGAAGGAUUUUUGGAAGAAAACGCCCGUUUACGUCGACUGGGCCAUUUCGAUGCGGCGCUUUCUCACUUUGACGAGACGUUGGCAUCGUCGUUGGAUAACAUGUAUGUUCGGGUGCAGUAUGCUCAUUGCCUGUAUGACGCGAGACAGUACAGAAAGCUGGCUGAGCUGGCAAAGAAGUAUCCAUUGGCAGAGGAGGAUAGCUUUGACAACGGCCUAUUUCUAAAUUGGACCCUGCUGCUACGAAAGGCGGAAACGUUUAGCGAGUUCGAUUUUCAUGACACGAUUGAAGAGGAGCAAUUGAUUACACAGGCAUUGAAUGGCUUCCAUUAUGACCGACUUGACUCAACAGAUCUCCAAAUCUUGACCCUGGUAGUUUGCAUGUCCCCAGAAGACAAAGUGAAGGAUAUUGCCUGGUAUCGUGUUUUAGACACCCUCACAAGCCAGCAUCGUAUUUGGGAUUUCCGCGACAUAUACCUAGCACUCGAAGAGAAAUUCGGUUUCAAAGAAGCGCGGGAUGUGUUGUACGGCCCGCCCCUGGGAGGCUCUCCCGUCAACAGCAUCAUUGCCGACUGGUCAGAAGUGGAUGACGACGAAACAAUGUUGUUCGGAACACUCGACUUAUUCGCCUCACUAGCAUUCGCGUGCAUGAAAACCAAGGGGAACAGCAAGGAUGCGAAAAAGUGUCUCCAAGCUGCGGAGCGUCUGGCCACCCUCCUCCUAGAGCGGAAUAUUGCGAGUCUCAAGACGCGUCCCUGUCUGAUGUGGAUUAUGGCAGGGGUGUUCUUUGAAGAAUACAGCAUGAAUCGUCUCGAAGGCAACAAUAUCUCCUUUACGGGUCCUUUCCGAGGGGAAUACCGCGUUUCCACGAGGAUCUUUCCAAACGAUGAGUUGCCGCUUUACGCACCGCAUGAAGAUGAGAUUCCGUCGUGGAGCCCCAAAGCCUCAGGAAUAUCAGAUGAGGCCAAGAAAACCACAAGAGUUGUUCUCAAAGCUGCAGAGGAAAUUGGCGACCUGCCCGUGCAGGUAGGAUGUCUGCAACAGCUGCUGGAUCAAGGGUCUGACAAUCCUUCCCGGGAGAUCAAGCGGAUCAACGAGCUGUGGAUGUCGGCUGGGAACAUGGCGUCGUAUCUGCGCCUCCAACUAUUCCGCUUUAUGCUCGUAAAGACAGAAACAGACAAACGGAAUGUGCGACGAGCAAUACUCGAGCACGGUGAGAGUCUGAGUGGUGGAUUUACAGAGUACUGUCGGUGCAUGAUUCUUCGUGCCUUAUCAUCCAAGACGUGGGAAAAGGAACUCUACUUGGAUCGCGCGAAUGACACAUUUCCGGAUGAUGCAGAGGAGGAGGAGAAGGAGGAGGAGGAUGAUCAAAUUGUAAAAUAUCCCAAGCCGUCGAAGGGGGAGGUUGUAACUAGAGACGUUGCUCGGAAGGGGGGUUUGAAGAGGCGAGAAACGCAGUAUGAGGAGGAGAGGAAGAAGGUGGAAGAGGAAAAGACGAAGAAGCUUGAGUUGGAAGUCCGUGAACGUCGUGAAGCAGAGAAGGAUGUGCAAAUUAAGAAACUCAAAGAGGAGUUGGAGGCGUUGAAACGAGAGAGACCACCUCCGGCGAUGCAGGCGCAAAUCGCUUGGGAUGAAUGGGGAGUUGCAAAGAGCAAGAAGAAGAAGAAAGAAAGAGUUGAGGGAGGGAAUAGUACUAGAGAUGCUGUGGAUACAGGAUUGUCUGGGGUGGGAGCCGCGGAUGAGGUUGAGAUUGAGGGUGCGAAUAGGGUGACUCGGCGGACGGAUUCUGAGAGAAAGGAGGGUACGGGCACGGGUGAUGGUCCAACCGUAGAAGUUGUCGACUAG